AAUGAGCUAGAGGGUGGGGUGACUCUCUCUACAGUGCUUAAAAGGGGACUUUUGGGACAAGCCUAUAUGCGACAAUGGAGGGCAGGUUGCUUGUUGUGUUUAGUCUCCUUUGUGGAUGCGUUUGGCUGAGCGAGGCUCGACUCGGCAGUAUGAGGAUGUCACCCUACUGGGCGGCGAUGGUGCAGAGACCUGAGAACGUGGAGGCCAAGCCAGCGGCUCCUGAGAGAGAGCGGUUUGCUCUUCUCCCUCGGUCGGCCGGCAGAUUCCACUCAAAAAGCGUCCAGCCUGAGGACGAGCGCUUCAGUUGGAAGUUUCCGGACGAUCCAGUGGACCAGGUGAAGAGGCCUCCUUUCAUGUUCCAAGUCCAGGAGCCGGAGGUGCCCAGCCGCGUAGCUGUGAAAUGCGGCGAGAGUACGAUCCAGGUGGAAGUGAGUCAGGACCUGCUGGGCAUUGGAACGCUCAUCAGUCCAGAUGAAAUCUCCCUCGGAGGCUGUCCGGCUGUGGACAUUGACGAGUUUGCUAAUGUACUGAUCUUCGAAUCGGAGCUUCAUGACUGUGGCAGCACGCUGGAAGUCAAGAAGCAGGACUUUGUCUACAGCUUCAUGCUGGUGUACAAACCCAAGAUGUUGGCCGGAAGUCCCAUCAUCAGGAGCCAGAACGCGAAUAUCAAAAUUGAGUGUCACUACAUGAACUUGCAGAAACCACUUCCAAAGCAUUUCUCCCCCUAGUGGUGCUCAUUCCUGCUUUGUCAGCAAGAGAAAAUAAACUUAUUGCUACC